GCUCACUCUCGCUCAUGCUCUCGCUACUCCCAGCGCUUGCAGCGUUCGACCCGUUUUAUCUGCGCUGGACAACGCGUUGGGAGCACGACCCCGGCAGACGCUUCAGCAUCCAAGGGUUGCGCAAGUGAGCUUGAACUUCCCCUUUCCGAGGUCAAACAGGUUUCGACGCCGGGAGACGAGCUCGUCUUCUGCAAUUGGGUCGUCCUGCGGCCAUAGUCCACUCAGCGGCCCCGCAGACGAGACGUGCGCAACUUUACUCCUCUCGAAGUUUGCUGCGUGACAUCUUACAAAACAGCGAGGAAAUGGCCAGCCAGGAGUUCGAGAGCGUCGAGAAGAUCCUCACGGAGCAUCUGCCCCCGGAAGAGCUUCAGAAAGUCCGCGGCGUUCUCUACGGAAAGGAAUGCGCAGCCCUCGACUUGGACUCCGAGGCUCUUGCCCUGGCCACAGAGCACAAGUUUGAGCUCAAAGGCUACAGAAUGACGGCCGAAAAAGAGGAGAUGCGCCCGCCGAGAGUGGUGCGGCUCGGCCUGGUACAGAACCGCAUCGUGCUGCCCACGACCGAACCAGUGGCUGCCCAACGUGAGGCACUGCACCGUCGCAUUGAGACCAUUGUCGAGGCAGCAGCACUGUGCGGUGUGAACGUCAUCUGCUUCCAGGAGACCUGGCACAUGCCAUUUGCAUUUUGCACCAGAGAGAAAACACCAUGGUGCGAGUUUGCAGAAUCUGCAGAGCACGGCCCAUCUGUUCAACUCUGCCAGCAGAUGGCUAAAAAACACAACAUGGUGAUCAUAUGCCCGAUUCUUGAACGCGACGACUCCGAUGUUCUCUGGAACACGGCUGUGGUGGUAUCAAACAGCGGAGCCAUUCUGGGAAAAUCCCGCAAGAACCACAUCCCACGAGUGGGCGAUUUUAAUGAGUCUACUUACUACAUGGAGUCAAAACUUGGACAUCCAGUAUUCCAGACACAAUUUGGCAAGAUCGCCAUCAACAUCUGCUAUGGGAGACAUCACCCUCUCAACUGGCUCAUGUAUGGUGCUAAUGGAGCAGAAAUUGUGUUCAACCCGUCUGCGACGGUGUCUGGACUGAGCGAGCCGCUGUGGCACAUUGAGGCUAGGAACGCGGCCAUAGCCAACAGCUACUUUACGUGUGCCAUCAACAGGGUGGGAACGGAAGUAUUUCCUAGAGAAUUUACUUCUGGUGACAAGAAGCAAGGUGAGCUUUGCUUGGCUCACCGAGAUUUCGGACACUUCUACGGCUCCAGUUACGUGACUGCUCCUGACGGAAGCCGCACACCUGGCCUCUCGAGAAUCAAUGAUGGCCUCUUGGUCACAGAGGUUGAUCUGAACUUGUGCCGACAAGUCCGCGAUACUUGGGGUUUUAGGAUGACCCAACGCACAGAAAUAUACGCUGAUGCUCUCUAUUGGGUUGCUCAGCCUGCAUUUGAGAAGCAAGUGAUUGUAGACCCCACAGCUGGAGGUGACUACUGAGCCUUCUCAUGUCUAUAGCUGUAAAGCGCACAGAUCUGCUUCACUGAGUAAUGCCCAAGAUCUGCUACAAAUGGGCGUCAACCGGAGGUGACGGCCUGCACAAGUUCCUUUCCAUAUCACGCCAAGAGCUCAGGAUUCUAUUGCUCGCUGGAUUUCUAUUCAAAUAUCUGAUCAGUGUGUGUUGCUUGAGAUAUGGUCAUACAUAUUUUUAUAUCGCCAACCAACUGCAUCAAAAGAAGAGUUGGCUUUGGGCUAUUUUUUACAAAAUAAAAUACAUACUUUUUGUCAUCA